CACAAUACGUAGUAGAGCCGGAUCAUGGGAUCAUGGAGAACACGGCCCCCCGGAUUGAACCAGCAGUUCAUGCUGCUCGCCGGCUCCCCGGCCGGGUCGCGCAUCUCGUACCUGGCCAGCUGCCUGUUUUCCUGCUUGCUUCCCUGCUUUGCCUUGCGGUCCUUUGUCGACCCCCGGCUGUUUCAAUUGCCCUUUACGUCGACUUCGCCCUGGGCUCGCCUGACCCCGUCUUACUCCCCUAGCUUAAUGCCUCCCGCGCGUGCAACCCUCCAGGCCUCGGCCGCUCCCCAUCGAGUAUCUCGUCCCAGCGGAAGCCCUCCCAUUCGGCCUCGCAAAGUGCAGAACCAACAGGUCGAAACGGCUCCGUGCACGCUUACGGGGGCAGAAUCCAGGGUCCUAUUUCUGAGACAGCGCCCUGGUCGUUGCCCAGGCUUGGGGCAGCAUCGGAAACCAGCCGGUUCCACAGCCCAAGACCGCGAAUAGCAGGUGCAAAUGAGGGAUUACUACGUAGUAGUUAGCAGCUUGAAGCUGAGGGAGUCCAGAAUAGACGCUGCCCGCGGCCUC